AGGAAAUGGAAGGCAGGAAGUAAAUAGCUGCUAGACUAGAUAUUAUUUAGUUGUCCCUCCGGCCCACCUUUACUGCGUUCUCACUUUCGGUCAAACCACUUAUGCUUUUUCUCUAAGCACCUCAACUCCAUCCAAUUGCAACUCUUAGCAUAGGUUCUGUUGUGUCCCGGUGUAGCACCUGACACGUGCGGCACAAGAAUAUCAACAGUAUGGGUUUCUUGUCACGGAAAAAGCAGCCGAGCCCUGGCAAUAGUCGUCAGCAGAAGAAAUCCAGAUCAUGGCUCAAACCAGCAAAGACGUAUAGCGUGGAGAAGCGGCCGACGUUCGGCCAGUGGUUGAAAGUCACCAUAUUGGACAUCCUGACGAUGAUCGUACUGGGUGUCAUCGCUCUGGUGGUAAGUUCUGUGAAUCGUCUGGGGCAUGAAGGCCAAAAUGCUCAUAUACUUCCAGGUUUUCCGUGCUGGUCCAGCGGGCACACGAACGUUCCCUCUUACUGUCACCAAUACUGGCGAGGUCGUCUAUCCGCAGUUCGCAUAUCCAUAUCGAAAGCAAUUUGUCGCGGCGUGGCUAGCCACCUUCCUAGCGGCCGUGAUUCCGAUUGCGGUCAUACUGUUGGCGCAGAUCAGGAUCCGCAGUUUCUGGGACAUCAACAACGGGAUAUUUGGUCUGCUAUACGCCCUCGAAACCUCGUCAGCAUUCCAGGUCAUGAUCAAGUGGUUGAUCGGUGGGCUACGACCUCAUUUCUACGAUGUGUGUCGGCCAGAUCCCAGCCUGGCUUCUCAAGGCCAGUUCAACGCGACGGGCUUGAACGGGGUGGGAUAUCAGAACUACAUGUUCACGCAAGAGAUCUGCACGUCGGGAAACCAGGAGGGCAUCAACAAUGCGUUGGAGAGCUUUCCAAGCGGACACUCCACCACCAUAUUCGCCGGCAUGGUAUUUCUGUAUUUGUACCUGAACGCCAAACUGAAGAUCUUCUCGAAUUACCACCCAGCAAUGUGGAAGUUGAUCUUGCUGUACAUUCCAAUCCUCGGCGCAGUUCUGGUCGGAGGCUCCCUGACGGUGGACCAGAGCCAUAACUGGUACGACGUGCUGGCUGGCGCAACCAUCGGUACUGUAUUUGCCUUCUCGGCAUAUCGCAUGGUAUAUGCGUCAAUCUGGGACCAUCGCAUCAACCAUAUACCCCUGAAUAGGGGCAGUGCAUUCGAGUUUAGGGAGGGUGUGGACGGCUCUGACUUCCUCUUCUGCGAGCGUGCGGGUUGGAUUUCACGGCGGAAGAGAAAGAGCUCUGAACUUCCACUACCCGUGUCUAGUGCGAGCAAUGGCUACAAGAACGGUCACGUCGAUGGACAUCAAAAUGAGUACACCAACGGCGAUAGCAACGGACAUAGCAACGGUCACGGUCUCAGACAUUCACGCGCCACCAGUAGUAGAGCUAGGAGAAGCGACGACAUUGUAUAGGGUAUCAGGAGCACAAAACCAUGUAUCGUUACCAAAGAG